AUGACGGAACCGUGUGUUGUUUCCUCAUUCUUUUCGGAACCCAAAACUAACAAACAUAGUAGUACUAUUGCCGAAGAUUUUUUAUUUUAUAUUGAUGAAUUAAAUCAGCAACUAGAUGAUUUUAAAACACCAGCCUCCGUCCAAUGUGUUUAUAAUCCUACUAAAUAUGCUCGAGAAUGUUUCGAAACGUAUGUAAAAAAAUAUUGCAAUACAAAAAAGCGUAUUAUGUACUUUGGUAUGAAUCCAGGACCCUGGGGAAUGUCACAAACUGGAGUUCCAUUUGGUGAAAUUUCUUCAGUCAGAGAUUGGCUGGGUAUAAAAGGCUCUGUUGGCAAACCUCCACUGGAAAUUAAGUCUAGACCAGUUAAUGGAUUUGAUUGUAAAAGAACUGAAGUAAGUGGGAAACGAUUCUGGGGAUUGUUCAAGAACUUAUGUGGAGAACCAAACAAUUUUUUUGAAUCUAGUUUUGUAUAUAAUUAUUUACCAGAACAAUGGAUGAAGAAUAAUGGAUGCAAUUUGACUCCUGGUGAUUUCAAGGCCGCAGAAAUAGAUUCAUUAUAUCACAUAUGUGAUCCAAUAUUCAAAAAAGUUCUCGAACUUUAUGAUGUACACAUCAUAGUGGCGAUUGGAAAAUUUUGCGAAUUACGCGCACAAAAAAUUCUGGACAAGUAUUCAUUUCGAAAUAAAAUACAGGUAAUAUACAUGCCACAUCCAAGUCCAAGAGCUGUAAACAAUAAUAACUGGGACGACAAAGCACUUCACUGUUUAAAACAAAACAAUUUAUUGCACUUUUAUCAAGGAUUUGCUUGAAAUUGUAUCGUUAAAAGAUU